CGCAUGCGCUGUGGUGUUCCUGAACACGGAAGUGCUUGUUUUGUUGUGGUGUUGUCACUAUUUUACAGACAAACGGAAUAUGAUGUAAUAAAUGGGUGUAAUAGUGAAAUGCUCAUUUAAACAGCAUGCUGGGCUAUGUAAUGGUCGCGGUUUUAGCGCUGGCAGUUUUGUACAUUCCUCGUGACUGGUCCGUUAUUUUUGGAUCUGGAUGCAAGCAUCAGGAGCCCCCUGCUGCCGUGCGGCUCCUGGGCAGCCGUGAGUUAUCGCUGUACGACGGGAGGGAAGGCAGUGAGGGCCUUUACCUGGCCAUACUGGGCCAAGUUUUUGAUGUACACAAGGGUAACAAGCACUAUGGACCCGGUGGAGCUUAUCACUUUAUGGCAGGAAGAGAUGCUUCACUGUCCUUCAUCACCGGAGACUUCACAGAAAGUGGCCUGACAGAUGAUGUGUCCAGUCUGUCCCCACUGCAGGUGAUGGCCCUUUAUGACUGGCUGGCCUUUUACCAGAGGGAGUACGAGUUUGCAGGUCUGUUAACAGGCCGGUUCUAUAGUGAGACCGGACAGCCCACAGAGGCCCUGCUGCAGGUAGAAGCAUCACUAGCAGAGGGCCGGCGAAUAAAGGCCCAGUCUGAGGCCGAUAAGGUCCGCUUCCCAGCAUGCAACGCAGAGUGGAGUGCUGCCAGGGGUGGAAGAGUCUGGUGCUCCACUAAGAGCGGUGGAGUGGAAAGAGGCUGGACAGGUGUCCCACGGAAACUCUUCUCGCCAGGCUCCAGCAGUGUUCGUUGUGUCUGUGUUGAAGACCCACCUGCAGCAGAGAAAGACCCCAACCUGCAGAAAUACAACGGCUGCCCUGCACAUGCUGAGUCAUGCUCUGUUGAAGAGUUUUAGCUGCUGGGCUGGCCCAAAACCUGGACUUCAUCAUGGACUGCUUUUAGCAGCACAAUACUCAGGGACUCUAUAAGGAAACCCAUUUUGGCCAAAGUGAUGGCAGAGGAAAAAGAUAUUGUAAGUCAUUAUCAUUUUAUAUUUUGCAAUACUAGGUCAUUAUUUUGAGAUACAUUUUUUUUGGAUAAUUUCUCUUUAUUCUACGAUAUAAAAUCAUUAUUUUAGAAAGUGUCUCAUUAUUUUGACAUACUAAUUUGUUACUUUGAGAUACUAAGCAAUUAUUUUGAAAAGCUUUCUCAUUAUUUUGAAAACUAGCUCAUUAUUAUAUUUUACAUCAUAAAGAGAUAAAUCACUUUAAAAACAUUUCCCCUUUAUUUUGAAAUACUAAGU